AAAUUUCGUUCAAGCACCCCUCCCUCUAAAAUAAUGGGACGUCCCCAGAGUCGUUUCGCAAAACCUCAAGGAGGAUAAAUAGUGACUCUUAGUAAGUCUGGUGAGUCUGCCGUUAUCCGCGGAGGUUUGCGGAGACAUGACGGGACCAGCUUUGAAAAUGGAUGCCAAUAUCGUGGUCUUGGGAACAGACAACGUUGGCAAAUCAGCACUUAUAGUCCGUUUCCUAACGAGAAGAUUCAUCGGAGAAUAUGGAGAUAUCGAAUCCAUUUACAGCCACAAUGUGAUAGUAGACGGACGGGACAUCUCCUUCAACAUCUGGGAUUCUCCUUUUUCACAGGACGCAUCUCGCGAGAGCUCGACGCAGGACAAGAGAAUUCAGUGGGCGGAUGGCUUUGUCCUGGUGUACAGCAUCUGCGACCGGGUCAGCUUCAACAAUGUUGCCAAGCAGCUCCAGCGUAUCAAGGGCGCGAAGGACUAUCUGGGGGGGGACAAGGUGCCCAUUGCCAUCGUGGGCAACAAGCGCGACCUUCACCACCGCCGCACUGUACCCAGCGAGGAGGGCCGCAUGCUGGCGCUGGCCGCCGGAUGCCAGUUCUACGAGGUGUCGGCGGCUGAGAACUACCACGGCGUGCUCAUGGUGUUUCAUGGCCUGCUGGAGCGGCUGCGAGAGGCCCGCAGUUUGACCAAGAAGCCGGCCGGCAUCAAGGGGAUCGUGAAGAGCGUGUCGGCCGUCUUCAGCAGGAAGAGGACGGACUCGGUGUGAGAGGCUUCACCCCAGGAGCUUAACAGUUGGCCUCUAAGAAGCCUGCUUUGAGUGGGAUGCGCUCUCUGGACCCGCCAGGGUGUUCUGGGCGCCAGAGAGAGGGAUUAAGGAAGCUCAGGUGAGCUUCAGCUUCUGCCUGUAUUGAGAGUGAAAGGUCUGGGACGAUCUGGCGGAGAGCAGCUCUCAUUUGGUGACCUUUUACACCGCAGGGACAUCGUUCUGGACAAGCGGCCUGUGAUCACCCCAGUGCUUCACGCCAUUGCAUUUUCACACUUAGUAAGUUUACAUGCACACAUAAGUCGAACUACAGUUAUAGCCAUUUAAUCAGAGGACUGUCCUUGUCACAGUAUACAUGCAUGGGUGGGGAAUCGAUUUACUGACCGAAGUAUGUUUGACUCUGAUACAAUGGGUGGCGAUAUGGCUCCUUUCAGCUUGUUAGUAUUGGGCGUUUUCUGGUUGAGCUUUUACGUUACAGAUGCAAAAAAAAUAAAAUGCAUAACAAUGGAUGCAUGAACAAAAGUUACAAGCUUCAGUUGUGAUCUUGCCAGAAGAACAGAUACAAGAAGACCAGAAUAGCAUAGCAGAAUAUUUUGUAUACUAGCACGGUAUUGGAAAUAUUUCAAAUAUUACAAUGUGAUUUUGUUGUAAUAAAUGUUGGGAUAUUUAUGAAACAAAAAAGGAGUGAUUUAAAAAGCGGGGGCGGCAUGGUAGUGCAGUGGUUAGCACUGUUGCCUCACACCUCUGGGACCCGGGUUCGAGUCUCCGCCUGGGUCACAUGUGUGUGGAGUUUGCAUGUUCUCCCCAUGUCAUCGCGGGGUUUCCUUCAGGUACUCCGGUUUCCCCUCACAGUCCAAAAACAUGCUAAGGCUAAUUGGAGUUGCUAAAUUGCCCAUAGGUGUGCGUGUGUGAGUGUGCCCUGCGAUGGGCUGGCCCCCCAUCCUGGGUUGUUCCCUGCCUUGUGCCCAUUGCUUCUGGGAUAGGCUCCGGACCCCCGCGACCCAGUAGGAUAAGUGGUUUGGAAAAUGGAUGGAUGUAUGAAAAUAAUUAUUAUUGUGUUGGAGAAUGCAUGCAACAUUCAUGUGGAGUAUAUGCAGAGCGUAUAGGUCAGUUUGAGUCCGAUUGAACGUAUACAUGCAGUAAAUCGAUUCCCAAUCUCAUUAUUUGGGUGUUUUAGUCUGACUUCAAGAAAUUCGAUUUUAGUACAAUUUCAGUCGGACUAACAUGUUUACAUGUACUUUAAAAGUCCGGUUUUAGUCAGACUAAUACAAUAAUUUGAUUUUCUUAAUGUGCAUGUAAACGUACUGACUGAUUAGAAGGUUUAGGUGCCUUGGUGUCAUCGGCUUAUGGAGGGUCAUUUAUAUGGUGAUGAACCAGCCUGACAAAAAAAUAAAAAAAAGAAUGAAAAUACUGCACCUAAAAUUAUGACGGUUUCUAUGGAUUUUACCACCUGGGAAGACCUCCGCUAUAACAUGCAAAGUGUCCUUUAAAAAUGGGGUCAGAUAGUCUGGGGACAAGUGACACUCACCAGAACGACAUUAAACAAAACAAUCCCACCUUCUGCUCCAACAUGCCUCCUUGGAGUGAAGGAACAGCCCCCAGCUACUGCCCCAGUAGUUCUGUUCACUGUUACCAGGCCACAGAAAUAUUUAGUCUUUUUAUAGCAGUGAUACAGCAGCUCCCCACUGCCAGGCCGAGUACAACACUGCUUAUUGUUCCUUUGCCUGGGAGGACGGCGCUUUCCAGUUUGGCCCAGUGGCCCAGGUCAGCUUCCCCGACGCAGACUACGGCGUAAAUGCAGGUUUAAGUCCCGCAGUCACCAGGACGUGUUGGCUAAGUGGUAAUGGUGAUUUUCAGAAAAUUCUAGAAGAAAAAAAAAAUGAAAUCAGCAAGCACUUUCUGCUCAGUAUUUAAUACUUAGGUGGUAGACAAAACAACAGGGAAUGUAAUUUAUAUGUCUGUUGUACAGUUUUACCAUGCCUUGUGCAUUUGAAAAUAGAUUUGUUAAGUAUGUCUCAGUAAAGCUGAAUAAACAUGUGAAGCCUC